AUGGCGCAACGAGCAUCAUCCACUCCCUCCGGGGUCCGACAGCUCUCGAGCGAAGCCCUGCAGAUCAAGGAGCUGCCCGGUGAUGAAAUCGACGAUGUCGUGUUCCAGAACAAGUACGGCCUGCGGACGAUCCUCCUCAACCGGCCCAAGAAGCUCAACUCGCUUAACGGGUCGAUGAUCCGAAAGAUUAUACCGCGCAUGGUGGAGUGGGAGAAGUCGGAUCUGGCCAACGUGGUCAUCAUGAAAGGCGCCGGCGAGAAGGCGCUCUGCGCGGGCGGCGACGUCGCCGCGCUGGCCCAGUGGAACCUCGAGAGUGCCGACGGCUGGAAGCGGUCCGCUGAAUACUUUGCGCUCGAAUACAAGCUCGACCACUAUAUCGCAACUUAUCAGAAGCCGUACAUCUCCUUCAUGGACGGCAUUACCAUGGGCGGCGGCGUCGGGCUCAGCAUUCACGCGCCAUUCCGCAUCGCGACGGAGCGCACCGUUUUCGCCAUGCCCGAGACCACGAUUGGCUUCUUCCCGGACGUGGGCGCGUCCUUCUUCCUGCCACGCAUGAACGGCGCUGUCGGCACCUACCUGGCGCUCACGAGCGAGCGGCUGACGGGCGCUGACGUCUUCUACGGCGGCGUCGCCACGCACUACCUGCACUCGACGAGCCUGCCGGAGCUCGAGGCGCGCCUCGCUGAGCUACGCUUCCGCGAUGACGAUGCACCCGCGCGGCGCCUACAGCUCGUCGGCGAGACGCUGGAGGAGUUCGCGACCGGCCUGCCGCACGACAAGCCGAUGGCGCUCGGCGGCGAGACGCGCCGCGCGAUCGACCGCUGCUUCGACAAGAACAACGUCGCCGACAUCAUCGCCGCGCUGCAGCAGGAGCGCGGCGAGACGGAGGCGUGGGCGCAGAAGCAGCUGGCGACGCUGCAGAAGCGCUCGCCGACCGCCGUGCACGUCGCGCUCCGCCAGAUGCGCGUCGGCGGCCGCUGGGACAUUGCUGAGGCGUUUGCGCGCGAGCACCAGAUCGCGACCAAGUUCAUGCAGCACCACGACUUCUCCGAGGGCGUGACGGCGCUGCUGGUGCGCAAGGAGGCCGCCAAGUGGCAGCCGGCGUCGCUCGACGCCAUCCCCGCAAGCGACAACGUCGCGCAGCCGUUCUUCGAGUUUGACGAGGCGCAGACGCUACCGCUCUUCUCGGACCGCACGUACGCCGAGUACCCACACCCGCAGCUCGGCGUGCCGUCGGAGCGCGAGGUCCGGGAGGCGCUGCAGGCGAGCGCGCUGACGCCCGGGCAGCUCAGGGACAAGGUGGUGGCGUCGAGGAACGGGCGCCAGGGCGUCGCGGCGAUUGUGGAUGAUAUCAUCGCGCGCAAGGUUGUAACGGAUGGCAACGGCGUGGCACGUUGGGUGGAGGGCGAGGCGAGCUCGUCGAGCAAGCUGUGA